AUGAAAAGAGCAUUGCAUUCGUUUACCCCACAUCCUGCCUACUUGCAUUCGUUUACCCCACAUCCUGCCUACUUGAGAUCUGUCAACAUAAAGAGGGUUCGAGAUCGGCUCGAGCCCCGCAUUCUUUUCGCACCCGCCCCCUCCUCCAUCACAAGACAACAAAAGGCUUGCCUCGUCCAUCACGAAAACCUAUUCAAGCUGUUUCGUAGCGCAGUGGCUGAGCUUCAUCAGUUUCGAGUCAAUAUGGCUGCCGAAAGGGAACCCUCCACCAAAGGGAGCGUCGGCGAGAAGGAUGAAGCACGCCAAUCUCAUCUGACGCCUGUGUACUACUCGACCAAUGAGGCCAGCCGGCCAGGAUUCGACAGUCAUGUGGUGCGAAAGAUCAGCACCCUCGGCGCCACUGCCGGAACUGUUAAGAAUGUGGCCGCUGAUGGAGAUAUCAUCCUCCUUCCAACGCCGUCCAAUGACCCCAACGAUCCCCUCAACUGGUCUCGCGCAUACAAAUGGUACCUGACCUGCAUUGUCUGCCUUGGCGCUUUCAUGUCCAACCUCACCACUGCCGGCCCCAGUAUCGCCAUCAUCCAGACCGGCAUGACUUUUGGCACCGCCCCCACCACCACCGCCUACUUGUUCUCUUGCGCCGCCUUGAUGCUUGGCUUUUCCAUGUUCUGGUGGUCUCCCUUGGCGUCCAAGUUCGGCAAGCGACCCAUUUAUGUCUUGACCUACAUCGUAUACUGUGCGUGCUGCUUUGGCGCAGGCGCCUGCAAGACGUUCGGCGCCCAGCUCGCCGUCCGUAUGAUCAUGAGCUCAGCCGCCGGCGCUGGGGAGAUGCUUGGCCCGCUCACCAUCAACGACAUUUGGUUCGUGCACGAGAGGGCCACUCCCAUGGCAGCCUACAACGCAUUCCUUUCGGUCGGAGUGGCAUUCGGCAUCAUCAUCGACGGCGCCAUCAUCAACACAUAUCCUUGGCAAUACAUCUACUGGGUCAACGGUCCUGUCAUCGCCGUCAUCUGCAUUCUUGUUAGCUUCAGCUUCCCGGAGACUUCCUUCCGCAGACCGGCGCUUGAGACGGUCACCAAGAGCCAGCACCGUCACAUCGACCUUUCCCACAAAAAGACGUGGGCGCAGAACCUCAGCCUCUACAGCGGCAUCUGGACGCAAGAGAGCUUCCUCACCCUGUUUAUGCGACCUUGGCUGGCGCUCAUGCUCCCCGCAGUUGCAUGGGCCGCCUUUGUUUGGGCUGUCAGCGUAGGCUUUGUAGUCGCCGUCGCGAGCAACGUCGCGCUCGCUUACGGCAUGACCUACCACUUUGGACCGCUUCAAGUCGCUUACUGCUGGUUCGCCGGCAUCAUCGCCAGUCUGCUUGGUCUCGUCGCCGGUCCUCUCGCGGACAAGAUCAGCCAUCGUGCCACUGUCAAGAAUUCGGGCAUCCGAGAGCCCGAAUUUCGCCUACCAGCCGCCUUCCCCGCGAUCGUCACCAGUCCGCUUGGUCUGGUUCUCUACGGUCUUGGCAUCCACAAUCGUCUCCAUUGGAUCGUGCCGACGUUGGGCAUCGCUCUGUGCAAUUGGACCAUCGUGGCCGGCACCAUGGUCCCGCUGGUGUACGCUGUCGACUCGUACAAGCCAAUCUCGGAGGAGGUGGUGACGUGCAUCCUCGGCUACAAGGCGCUCUUUGGCUUCCUGCUCGCCUUCUACACAAACAAGUGGGUUCAGAACGAAGGCUACCUCAACGCUUUCGGUGAAAUGGCCUCCAUCUCGGCCGCUGCUUUCUUGCUUGCGAUUCCGUUUGUUUUCUUUGGCAAGCGCAUUCGUCAGGCGUCGCUCAACUGGAAGGUCUUUCGCAUCAUUCGCUGGGAUGCGGAUCGUGACGAUCUCGUUCUUGAAGACGACUAG